AUGGAGGGGGGGGGACAAGGGGGCGUGGCCUGGCCGGGCGUGGCCUUGGAAGGGGGCGGGGAUUGGGGGGAAGGGGCGGGGCGGUGCCGGGAGGAGGGGGAGGGGCGGGAGGAAGAGGAGGGGGAGGGGCCAAUGAGGGCCCUGCAGGAAAUGCGGGAGCGGCUGCGGGAGCUGCAGAGCCGGAACGUGUCGGGGCUGCGCGAGGCCCUGCAGAGGAAAAUCGAGGCCCUGGAGCUGCAGCUGCGUCUCCAUGGCAACGGCUCCCAUCAUCACCAUGGCAACCACCACGGGGACCACCAUGACGGUCACCAUGGCAACCACCACGGUCUCCAUGGCAACCACCACCAUCACCACGAGAAGCACGGGGACCACCACCACGAGCAUCACGGUUACCAUGGCAACCACGGCCACCACCAUGAGGAGAAGCAUCCCCAUGAUCACCAUGGCAACCACGACGGUCUCCAUGGCAACCACCAUGAAAAGCACGGGGACCACCACGGCGGUCACCAUGGCAACCACCACGAGAAGCAUCCCCAUGGUCUCCAUGGCGACCACGACGGUCACCAUGGCAACCAGCACCACCACCAGGAAAAGCACGGGGACCACCUGAGCGGUCACCAUGGCGACCACCAUCACAGUCACCAUGGCGACCAUGAUAAUCACCAUGGCAACCACCAUGAGAAGCACGGGGACCACCAUGAUGGUCACCAUGGCAACCACCAUGAGAAGCAUCUUCACGGUUUCCAUGGCAACCACCACGAUGACGACGAGGAGGAAGAGAAGCAUCCCCACGGUCUCCAUGGCAACCACAAUGGUCUCCAUGGCAACCAUCACCAGGAGAAGCACGGGGACCACCACGACGGUCACCAUGGCAACCACCACCAAGAGAAGCAGCUUCACGGUCCCCAUGGCAACCACAACGAUCUCCAUGGCAACCACCACCAGGAGAAGCAUCCCCACGGUUUCCAUGGCAACCACCACGGUCUCCAUAGCAACCACGCCCCCCACGAUCACCACGGCGACCCCGAGAAGGACCACGGCGACCGCUCCGACGGUUUCCAUGGCAACCAGCAUCACCUCGGUUACCACGGCAACCGCGCCAAGGCCGCCGACCCCUCCCACCCCCACGGUUACCAUGGCAACCGCAGCAGCCUCCUCCAUAGCAACCACCCGCCCGGUCUCCAUGGCAACGGCAAACCCGGCAACCGGCUGGAGGGCGGUAACCAUGGCAACCGGCAUCCGCUCCACGGCAACCACUACGGCGUCCCCAGGGGUUUCCGUGUGUCCUUCCCGCUCCGCACCAAUUACAUGUUCGCCCGCGUCCGUCCGUCCGUCCGCAGCCCGCUGGGCGCCGUGUCCGUCUGUCUGUGGCUGCGCCCGGGGGGCGCCCCCAACCUGGGCACCCCCUUCUCGUACGCGGCGCCCGGGCAGCCCAACGAGCUGGUGCUGCUGGCCUGGGGCGGGCGGCCCCUCGAGCUGCUCGUCGACGACCAGGCGGUGGCGCUGUCGCUGUCCCCCGCCCCCGGCAGGUGGCAGCACCUUUGUGUCACCUGGGCGGCCUCGGGGGGCACCUGGAGGAGCUUCCAGGACGGGAUCCCCCGCGGGAGGGGGGAGGGGCUGGCGCCGGGCCACCCCCUGAGGCCGCACGGGGUCCUCGUGCUGGGCCAGGAACAGGACGCCCUGGGCGGCCGCUUUGACGCCUCGCAGGCGUUCGUGGGUGACCUGGCCGAGCUGCACCUGUGGGGCCGCGCCCUGGCCCCGCCCGAGGUGGCGGCGCUGGCGCGGUGCCAGAGCCCCUCCCCCGCCCGGGGGGACCUGCUGGCCUGGGCCCAGGCGGGGCUGGAGCUGCACGGGGGCGUCACCGCCCUGCCCUUUGACCCCUGCGCCUGACGGACACCUGACAGACA